CAGAUUACCUGAGGAAAUUGAUCAAUCAAAGAAAUCUAUGUCAGUCAAGGAUCUGAAUAACAGCAUAAUACUUCCAGAUGCCAAUUCAAAAAUAGUUCCAUUAAAUCAUGACAAAUCAUCCAUUGAAAGAGAAUUUGCUGUUAAUAAGAAUGUGUAUCUAAGAAAUUAUGGGAGAAAGGAAAAAUGGAUACCAGGUCAAAUUGUUCAAUGUACAGGACCUGUGCCUUAUAAAGUUAAAAAUAACUUGUGCAGAUAAUAAGUGUGAAUCUGCCAAUCCCACCAAAUCUGAACAGUUCACACCAACUCAGUUUGUUCCACAACCAAGUUCUGUUGAUAUGAGUGAACCAAGUUGUCUGGAGUCAGAAAAUGUAAAUUCUGGAGUUAAUGAUUUAAAUCCUAGACCUCCUGAGAUAGAGAAUCCAAAUGUACUACUAGACUUAGAUCUAGAUCAAGAAUCUAUGCGCAUGCCAGGUCUAGAAACGUUGGACUUGUCUAGAAAUCAGAUACCAAAUGACUUGAUGUCAAACUUCGGAGACAGGCUGUUUCAAAAUCUAACAAACCUUCACCAGCUUGAACUGUCGUUCAACUCUUUUAAGUCAAUGAGCUCAAAGACGUUUUUGUAUAAUAGAAAUCUAAGAGAAUUGUUUCUUGCAGGGAAUAGAUUUCGACAAUUCCCGUUUAACCUACAAUACACCCCAAACUUGAGGGUUUUAGAUCUGAGGUUCAAUGACCUGAUUACUCUUACAGCUGACGUGAGAUACAGUUUAGACAAGCUGGCAACAGACAACAAGGGGUUUAAUUUGUAUUUAGAAGGGAACGUUUUAUCUUGUGGAUGCCAUGACAUCCAAUUCCUCCUGUGGAUGAAGCUGACAAUUGUAAAUAUGGAUCUGGAUAGAAACUAUUCUUGUAUUGACACUGACGGGGUUUCUAGACAUACAGAAUCCAUAACAGAUCUUGGAGCAUAUUGGCGCAAAUGUACGGGAGAGUCUUUUCUUUGGUUUUCUAUUAUAAUGUUCUGUUUAAUGUUCAUUGGGUUUUUGCUGUGUUUUUUUGUUACCAAGUACAAAACGUACAUCAUUUCUGGACUGCUUAAUUUGUUUAGUGAAACUUUUCUAAAGAAACCUUCCAACUACGAGAUUGGUGUCUUCAUUGGUUAUGCUGAUAGAGAUUACCAGUUUGCUUGUCAUGACCUCAGGCAGUUUAUCGAGGACACGCUGGGGUUAACGACCUUUAUUCGUGACCGUGACCUCUCACCUUCAACUGACCUGGCCUCUGCCACUGUGCAGGCCAUAGACAGAAGUUGGCGCGUUCUUCUGGUUGUCAACGAAACGUUUUUGUCACGUGAACGUUGGUUCUUGUUCAUGUGUAGAGCAGCCACAUCUGCUUUGACGUCUGCUAACCCUAAAAGGAUUGUCGUUCUUGUUGAGGACCAGUUACGUCACCGUCUGCCAGCCGAACUGUCGAGAGUUGUUUUGGAGGAAAACAUUGUUGUCACCCGAGGAAAUUUCUUAGACUAUGAUCUAAAGGAAAAACUAAGAACAAGAUUGGUAGAGUGGAACCACUUAACACAAGUUUAA